AUGAAUGAACGAAACGUAAGGGGGAGUACCAACACUCCAAUAUAUACAUCAGGAGGUGUAGAUCGUUCCAAAUAUUCAAAGGAUUCGAGUUCGUCUGUAAUAGACAAACCCAGUGCCAUGUUUUAUUCCCGAUCCUCACGAACAUCGCCUGUUAAUAAUUAUGGGGACAACUCAUCUUCCUCCCGAUCUUCUCCAAACUAUAAUUUCCAUUAUUCUUCCAACUCAACGUCCUCUCCAGUUCGAUCGUCCUUAACGAAAACAAAUGUCAAUUAUUUGUCAUCACCCCCUCAUAUUGAAAAAUACGCUUCAAAAAGUCAAUCCUCAACACCGUCUUUGAACAGUUCGAGUGGUAUUUACAAAACUAGUACUGUUCGAUCUUCAAAAUCAAACUUACAAUCUCCAACAACUCCUUCACCUCCAUUUUCACGUCAAGCAAUGUAUGAGAGAAACAAAACUGUGCUGAAACCUGUAGAAAACAACAAAAUGCAAGAAGAAUCUAUUUCGAACAAGUCACCCAUUGCUUUUAAAAGACUAGAAUUUUCGGCAAUGAAUAGAAAUGCCAAAUUCAUUGAUCGGUGUAUAAUUGUUGCUUCAGAGAAAGAUUACUUGACGUUUGGAAUGAAAACUUCGGCUUUAUCUAUUUGUCUGGAAAUGGGAAUUCAAUUGCUACACAAAGUUAUUGAUGUCAUGUCUUUAAAGAAAAUGUCUUCGUCAGUAAUUGAUGAAGUUUUAAAGAUUGGAUCGCUGCAAGAUCCUCAACAAGGUUUUUUAGGGACAGAAAAACACCUUCAACUGAAUCAAAGGUUUAAGAGAGCAAUGACAGAAUGUUAUUCCGUAACUUUAAAUACUAACGAGGUGGAGAAAACAAUACUUGUAAUAGAAAAAAUUCAACAGAAAAGAAAAAAGAAUGUCCUUACUAUUUUACAGCAAAACGAAGUGGCGAUCACAAUUUUUUCUGUUAUAGAACAUGAAAUGGAGGAUGUAAUCCAUGUAAUUUUCGAUCCUUCAACCAAAACAACAAGCGGUAUUCUUCAUGGUGCCAGUUUUUUGGUUGUAACUGGAAUUGGCUUAAGUGAAUUUCUGAAUCAGUGGUUAAUAUUUAAGGAGGAACCUAUUCACUGCUCGUUCUUUAUAAGGAAUGACAAUAACAUCUUUAAAAGAUUCAGUAUAGUUGAGGAUGAACAGGACUGCAAGGAUUUCCAAUCUCUUACACCUCCUACAAACUUUGGUGACGAAAAGAAACUGAACUUGGAGUUGAGGAACAAGUUAGAAUAUCAAAGAAAAAUUAUUGAGCGUUUAGAGCAAGAGAUUAAAACGAAAGAAGCUUCCGUUGAGCAAGAACAAGCAGCUCACACCAUUUUCCUCCAGCAACAGCAAUUACUACAAAACAUUUCGCAAAUUUUGAAAAACGUAGAUUAA